AUGUUAGUCAAGUCCUCCGACGCCACUCACUAUGCUCUCCAAACCCUCAACCGACGCAUCGAGCACAGACUGGAAAAGCUGCGAGCCAACACCACACGCCUGAAACGUGAGCUUUGGCUACUACAGCGACAUGUCAAAGAAUUCCGCCAUCCCCUCUUCGAGAACUGGGAAGCCGACCUGCUGACACGUCUCAUUGAGGUCGCUUAUGCAUCUGAGUAUCGGAAGUUGCCAGGUGGUGUUGUUAUCGGGAAGGAGACGUUCUCCGAACGUGAAAAUCUCACGCGUGCGUACAGUCUUGCGGCUAGGGAUAUUCGCUCGACAACUAUUCGGAAACUUGGCCUAUCAGAUCGCUAUCAUGAAGCAUUGCAACGUUAUCCUGAGGUCAGUUGUGGUUGGACGUACCUUGAGCCGAGGACUGACAUGGACCAGGUUGCUCCCUAUCGAAGCCAAAAUCCUUUCCGAACAGAGUUCGCUUUCGCCAAAUGGUUAGUCGAGGAGAAGGAAAGUCGACCAGAACUGUAUGGGUUCUGGUCUAAGCUUUUUCCGGUCUGCUAUGACCGCAGCGUUCAGCAGAGCGCCUCCUUCUUCUGA